AUGGGGGCCACAUCCAUCCAUCCAUCGCAGAGGCGCUUCUCUUGUGAGCUCUGCAGGAAACAUAAGUCGAGAUGUACGCGCAUACAAGAAAGUGCCGCUAAAUGCGCACGGUGUACGACGCUUGGUGCAGCGUGUACUAUCGGACAACAGAGGAAAGUUGGGAGGCCGAAGAGAGCGGCGGUUUCUGCCCCUGAUGCGCCCAAAACGCCAGGACUAAAGUCAAGACCAAGCGUCAAAGAGCCGCCAAGUAGUAUAUUCGAGCGGCAGAGCCGGCUUAACCCUCAUGGAAAAUCCCAGGGGACUCCUUCGUUCCUAGAGGUCUAUGACUGGCCCGGAGUCAGCCGAAUGGUCUCGCCAGCAGCCACGCCAACACCAGCACCGUCUCGGGUGACAGCAGCAGAUGAUGCCUUCUCUCCGGCACCAAUAGGGUCGACCACUGGAAUGCCUUCGUUUUAUGAUGACUCGCUCACUGGGAAGGUUGGCCAUCUCUUUGAUCGCGACGUUCUCUUGCCCGACUUCGACUCGACCUUCGACUUCACAGACACAGGUGUUCACUUGCUCGAUCCGGCAGCUAUUACCAUCAAUUGCGCUCCAGAUACUCUGCCAGUACUGGGACGAGGCAGUCCAGCGGGCGAUAUUGAGAGCUCAGACGCCAUAGCCAAACUUUCUAAGAUCAACAUUGACUUACACAUCCGCAUCACAGCUACUGAAAGGUACAAGGCGAUUCUAGACCUGAAUAGCAUCCUCUACCGAGAAAGCCCGUUGUUUAUUCACAAUUACACAUUGGCCGAGUUCAUGUUGAACACGUCGGAAGUGUUCUUGCAGAUACUGCAGCGGCUCUGCAGCUCACAAAAUCCAUUCACAGUGCCGUUGCAAUCCGCCAACAAUAACCGCCAUGAUCCGACCUCCGCGUUUUCUCUGACCUACCCAUUCGCCGCCGCGCAACCAUUGCUAGCUCCUCUCUCCCUGACCGUCACAAGUAUCUUUAGCCAGCUCAUUGCUCUCUACGAGCUGUUUCUUGAGCACCUAACUGCCCGCAUCGCGCGACUCGCCAUUGACCCUAUCGCCACUAUCCCAGGCAUCACCUUUGGAGGGUUACCCCUAGAAAACCCAUGCAUGCAGGGUCUACUCUUCUGUAACGUCACUGUUCACCGACUGGAGGGGAUGGAACGUGCUCUAGGCAUCAGUGGGAUGCCUGAGGGGGGUACCCUGGGUUUGCUAUCUGCCAGACAGAUCGAUGUGCUUUGGAGUGAGUUGGACGGGAGGAUUGGUAUCACGCCUUGUAGCGGAGCCACGCGACUCGCUCGUGUGAAGAGACUGCUUGGAAAAGUGGCCAUUAUAUUCAAGAAGCUCUCUUUGAGUAGAUAG